GUUAUCUUAUCUGCUCAAAAGAUAUCUAAAAAGGUCUAUCCUCUGCUAAAAAAAAGUGUAUUUAAAGACGCAUCAGGUGUUCAAUCGUCCUUGUCAUCACAAAAAGAACUACUGAAACAUGAAGGUCUUCAUCGUUCUGGGGCUCUGCGCUCUUGCUGCUGCUCAAUUUAAACCUAUCGACAUCAUCAACAACAUCCUUGGCUGGAACAGCGACAGGAUCCACGGCUGGAGCUUUGAGUACCACAGAACCCAUGAUCUGAUGCUGGUCAGGAACGCCGACACCUGCUACCUGGUGUCAGUGAACAGUGACACCGAGAAGCUGCUCCAGCACAAGGACUCCAGGGAGAAGCUUGAGGAUGAGGUCUACCAGCAGAUCAAAUCCCACACUGGCGAGAGCAAGGGCAGCCUUAGCGAGAUCCGCAGCAAAUACCACGACAUCCGCGCCGUCGCCGAGUGCUUCAGGCACACCGUCUACGAUCUGACCAUCACCCCCAGCUCCUAAACGUUGCACAGGGUGUUCUUAUUGUACAUUUAUUUGGCUCAUUAAAGCUGAUUUAUAA